UAGGCAUUGGGAUGAGAUGUCAAUCUAUUCAAAGAAUUAGAAAGAUAUCUUCUCAAUCAACACCUCAUCCAUCUCUGAUUCUUCGGACUCUCCAUCGAUCAAAUCAUCAUGGCUGAAAAUGUGGCGUCGCCUCCGUUGAAGCUUUACUCGUCCUGGAGGAGCUCUUGUUCUCAACGUGUUCGAAUUGCCCUAAACUUGAAAGGGCUAAAUUUUGAGUACAAAGCCGUUAACCUACUGAAGGGAGAGCAAUUCACUCCCGAGUAUGAAAAACUCAAUCCUAUCGGUUAUGUACCUACUCUCGUGGAUGGGGAUAUCGUUAUUGCCGACUCUUUUGCUAUAUUAAUGUAUUUAGAGGAGAAAUAUCCUCAGCAUCCUCUGUUGCCAAGUGAUCUGAGUAAAAGAGCUGUUAAUUAUCAGGCUGCAAACAUUGUUUCUUCUAGCAUACAGCCUCUUCAAAAUCUAGUUGUUCUGAAGUACAUUGAGGAAAAAUCUGGUCCAGAGGAAAAACUUCAUUGGGUUCAACGUGUCAUUGAAAAAGGUUUUGCAGCACUUGAAAAGCUGCUAAAAGCUCAUGCUGGAAAAUUUGCUACUGGAGAUGAAAUCUUUCUGGCGGACGUGUUUUUGGCUCCUCAAAUUCAUGGCGCCAUUAAUAGAUUCAGUGUUGACAUGUCCAAAUUUCCACUUUUAUCCAGGUUGAAUGAGGAAUACAAUGCCAUAGCAGCAUUUCAAGAUGCAGAGCCAUCAAAGCAGCCUGAUGCUCCUCAAAGCUCUAGCUAAAUCAACGGUAAAUUUCAUGUGUUUGAAGUAUGAAUUUUAGAACACAAGUUUAUGGAUUGUGAAUAUCAAUAUGCUGCUUUCAUUUUCCAUUUCUGGAUCACUUUCAACUCUUUUGGUUCUUUCAUGUUUUUUGUUAUUUCCCCAAAUUAGAUUUAGAUUUGAUGAUGUAGUAAUAAAGAAACAAUGUUGACUUUCUAAGAUCAUAUGCAACUAUACACACAUUAUACA